AAACAAAUAUUCCUGGUCUAAAGCAAAAUGGGCUAGCGAUUUCAUUGACAAUAUUAUCAAGAAAAUAAAAAAAGGAAUGUAUUAUACUCAACAUGACAUUGAUCGAGAAAACAUUACUUCUGGUACGGAAAUCGUAAUACCUGUCCCCAAGGUUGAAACUAUCCUUGAGGAUGAAAAUAUCAAUCAAGAAGUUUUUACAAAUGAUACAGACAGUUCAACUAUACCAGGCUUUGAUGAUAAUCAUAAUGUUGUGCCACUAAAAGUUGAUGUUAAAAUGAUUACUAGCACCUUAGUUUCGGUGCAUCACAGUUUAACGAAUGUUAUGUUACAAUUUGACAUUUGCAUUCCUUCUGUAUCAGAAUCCUCUCUAAAUUCGACGCUUCCAUCAUUCUCAUCAGUUAUAACACCUGAGAAUCAAAGUAUGCUAUAUAAAUAUCAGGAUAGAAUACCAAAUGGAAUGUUACCAGCAAAACUAUGCAGUAUAUUGCCCAAAUUUAUAUCGCAAAUAAUGAAAGAUAAAGCAUUCACAGAUUUACCCAAUUCGCCUUUCAAUAUUGAGCCGAAUACCAAACAGAUUAUUCCUCGGAUAAUUUUCUAUCCUAUUAUGCAGUUUGGUUCGGAAUUGCAAAGUUUAGUGACAGGUAAAUUUUCGAUAAAAGAAAGGUCGAUUAAAAAUGUAAAGAUCAGUCCUAUUUCUUCAAGUUUGGAUUGGUGUCAAGAGAAUACACUGAUAAAGAAAAUCGAAACAAAACGACUAGUAAAUUUCUCACCAACUUUACGCAAAUACAUGAAAUUUCAUUUUGAAAAAAUAUCUGAUAAAACAAAUGAUCAAAGAUUAGUUAUAAAACCAAUUAUGAAUACUUGCACGGCAAUGGUGCCUUAUAGUUCACCAUUAACCACGAUUAGAGAUGCGUUAGGUUUAAAUGAUUUAGAAAAACUAAUUUCUGGAAUAAAUAAUUUUAUGAUAAGAGUAAGUCAAUGGAAUAAGAAAUUUUUUUCUUCUCAUAAUUGUCGUAUUGACAUUUCCGACGAUCUACAGCGAAAAUUUGAUUCAAUGCCUAAAUUUUCAAUGACCUUAUCUAUCAGAGAUCUACCAUACACGAGAACGAAGGAUGUGGAUUCAACUAUUGAAACAAGGAUAUCAAAAUAUGACAAAUGUGGCCAUGAAAUUGCUAAAAAAUGCGUCAAGAAAACAUUUGUUAAGCUUCACAAGAAGUGCAAGUCACUGACGAGCAUGUCAAAAGAAAGUUGUAGUACUUCUUUAAAUAAAAUUACAAAUCUAGACGAAUUCUUUCAUGCCCUUGGAUGUUAUAAGCCAUUGUCUAAAGUUUUAAUGGGACAUUCGGAUAUAGCAAUCAUGUCAUCUAUUACAGAGAUGAGAAAUUGGAUUAAAGAAAUAACCCAAGCACAGGCUCUUCUUAUUCUCUUAUUAUCUAACAAAAAGGAAACCAGGAAUCUGAAAAGAUUCCGACCCAUGAUACUUCAAGGGAUUGCAGUGAACAGAAUAACUACAGCAGCAGAACUUGACAUGGAAAUUGAGGUUAUUGAAAAAGAGAAUCUGUGUAUAUCACAGAACGAAGGUAUUUCAUUUUUGUCUCAAUCCAACGAUAGCAGUCUUUUAGAUGAACUUUGUUGGAUCGCAAAAACAACUGCAUCUGAUUAUCAAAAGCCAUUUGAUGACUCAUCAGAGAAAUUAUUAAAAUCAUUGCUUGGGAAGCGAAAGAAACUGAAUCCCUCUUACCUCAGAGUAAUGGCUCGGUAUGUCGGUCUAGGAUUAUUGAAGCACCGCAGUGUUUAAAUUGAAGAGUAAAAUAUUAUGCAUUGCCAGUACUGUUUGACAGUGAUUAGAUUUUGAUACAUUUAAUUUAAAUACAUUAUACAACUUA